UCUGGGUACACUCGGCCAUUUCCGUCUGUUUCCAGCCGGUGGUGUCACUCAACAACAGUGGAGACUUCUAAUCACUUAUAUCUUACAUACCUCACACCACUACAUAGGGACUCAGGGAAAAUUGCACGUUAUCUUCGCCCUGUUCUGCUCCCUGCACCUGUUCUUCAAACAAGAUUUGCUACCGGAGAUUGUUCCUCUAUCAUUCUUCUGAUGGUCAGCCAUGGAUGAAGAUGACAGCCAGGAUGAGCUGAUCAACUGCAGUAAAUCCCAGAACAAAGGGAAACGAGCUGCAUUGUGGGCUAUCUCAGAUGACUCGGAUGAUGCAGAAGAGGAGUCUGGGGAGGGAGAGUCUGACAGUGGAGAGGAUGAAGAAGAGGGUCCUCUAGAUGGAGAGGAAGAUGAGGAAGAUGAAGAAGAAGGAAAUGAGGAGGAUGAUGAUGAAGAGGAGGAGGAGGAGGAAGAGGAGGAUGAUAAAGCUGUGGAGGGAGCGACUGGGGGAACCUCUGCUGACCUUGCAGAUAUGAGCUCAGAUGAGGAAGCAGACAAGUGUCCCAUCUGCCUUAAUUCAUUCAAUAGCCAGCCUGUGGCGACACCAGAGAACUGUGUACACUACUUUUGCCUUGACUGCAUCCUUGAAUGGGCCAAAAAUGCAAACUUAUGUCCCAUAGACCGAAUCAACUUCAACAAUAUCCAUUUGAGAAAAUGCUAUGGAGGCAAAGUGCAGAAAGUGAUCACAGUGCAAAAGCCUGCAAAGCAGGAACAGCAGGAGGUAGUGGAUGUGGACCUGGAGCAGACCAGCUGUGAGGUUUGUGGGGGCAGUGAUCGUGAAGACCGUCUGUUGCUCUGCGAUGGUUGUGAUGCUGGGUAUCACAUGGAGUGUCUCACACCACCACUUGAUGCUGUUCCUGUCGAGGAAUGGUUCUGUCCUGAGUGUGAAGUCAACAACCGUCAAUCAAGGGGGUCAGCCGAGGAAGUGAGUGACACAGAGUCCCUACCCUCUACUGCCCGUCCUAGUUCUAGUCGCUCUCAGUCCCGCUUUGCAGGUCCCACCCGAGCUAUUGCCCGUACCCAGCACAGUGAGAGAGUUCGAGCCAACGUCAACCGCAGCCGCAUCACACAGGCACGAACUUCACAGCUCGCUCCUACAUAUCUGAUCCAGUCCACUUGGCUGGAUGAGACCAUUAAUGCUGUGGUGGCUGGCCUCAACACUGCUGUGUAUGUACGGGAUUUUACACCUCGUGUCCCUACGCGGCGGCGGCGGCGGCAGACUGGGAAGCGCAGAAAAGUCAAAAGCAAGAAAACAUCGUCUGCCAAGGGUAAAAAUGGAAAAGCUGCAAGUACGGGCGUAAAGAGACGAAAACGGAAAAUGAGGAGAACCAAAUCAAAAAAGAAGUUGAUGGCAAAAAGGACAGUCACUCCUCGAGGUCGCAUUGCUAAUAAUCUUGGAAUUGUAAAAGACAAGAAGAGCUCUUCUCUUCCAACAGUGUACCGACCAUCAGAACACACACUAAGUAGCAUGCGUGCUGACAUUGGUGCUGCAUCUCUCUCUAUCUAUGGAGAUCCAUUUGACCUGGAUCCAUUUGUGGACCGUGAGGAGGAAGAGCAGCAGACCCAUGUCUCAUCAUUGUUGCAGGCCAAAAGACGUGGGAUCUCUCACUCUGCCUUUCGCUCUCACCAGCCUGUGGCUCGACCAGUCACUGCAAGUCUUUCCAGGAGAGGUGUGGAUGUCCCCCAGUCUGGGGGCGUCGUUGAGGCAGCUCCUGUGCCUGAUCUGCUGGGCAGCAUCCUAUCAGGACAAAGCAUGCUCCUAAUGGACAGCUCUGAUGUUGUCAUAAAUCGAGAUGGUUCCCUUAAAGCUACAAAACCAAUGAGUUUACCAUUGUCAGUUAAGCCAAGUUGCAGCAGUAGCUCAGGAGAUAUCAGCACGUGUGUCAAUCCAGUAAUGUCACCAAACCAUGCAGACAUAUCAUCAUCACUCCAGUGCAACAGAAACCUACCAGGAACCUCCGAGAGCUCUCUAGAGAGACAUUUUUCUCAGAGCUCUUCUCGCUUUCCACCACUCACACCCUCCACCACCAGUCACCGUGAACCAGGGCCCCAUUCCAAUUUACCACCCCGAGGUCAUCCAGGUUUGCAAGCGCCUCAUCCAAGAGGACCAACCCUUGCAGCGGGUCACCAGGGAAUCAACAGAGCUAGAGACCACAGGGAAACCAUGUCCUCAUCCUCCCAUCUUACCUCUGACUCCAGUUCCAAGAGCAAAGGACCGGCUCCAUCACAGUCUCAACCUAAAAAAGCACCUACAAAGCCCAUGUGGGUAGAUGUGUCUGUGCUACCCAGGAUACCGAAAAUAAAAAGGGAAAGUAGUGUGAGUGCAGACGAUGCCACUAGUCAAGUUGGAAGUAGUGGUAGUGAUAGAAGAAGCAGUAGAGCAAGUAGUAGUAGCUCCACUACCAGUAUUAAUAGUUAUGGUACACGUGAAACUGGCAUAAACAGCCUUGCUGGGGACAAGGGAAGGCAGCAUAGUGUAGACCAGCAACAGGGCAGGACUGAUGGUCAGGCCCAGAGACACAGGGCUGAUGGAGCAGGCUCAUCAUCAAGUUUCUCAAAUUCUUUCUCCUCCUCUUCAUCCUCCACCGGAUCUCAUAGCAGCCAGCCCUGUUGUUCCUCUUUAUCCUCUUCAUCAUCAUCGGUGAGCUUCCGCAUUAGCUCAAGUGGGAACUCAUGGCAUUCAAGGCGGCUAAGCAUUACAUCACCCACUACAAGUGGAGGCAACAUGCAGGAACGCCGUAAACAAAAAGAAGAUGAAGCAAGAAAGAGACAGUUGCACAGAGAUAAACAGAUGCUGCUAGCGUCACAUACAGUCAGUAAGGAAGAGGACUGUAAUACCAUUUAUGAUCCUUUCAAUCCCACUGUGUCAGACUCAAGCACCUCAGACGACGAAGGUGAGAGCAAAAGCUGGGAGAGUAGCUCUCGACUUACCACACUUGAAGGGAGGUCUCCUAGUUUAGGAAACAAGGAAUAUUUAGUGCAAAACAACCAGGACUCAGUUCAAGUGAAAACUGAAAAACAGGAGAGUCCAGUCUCCCGAGGUGAACUGGAGACAGCUGCUGCUCAGGAAACUGUAUCGCGGGAAUUAGGAUUCCCAAAAGAAGACAUAAAGGUUGAACAAGAGACAACGUUUGUAGACACUAAUAUUGAGACUCAAUCAGCAUUACUUAAGAAUACAGUGAAAAAAGAGCCAGAUGAUGCAGACAAAGCUGAAAGCUGUGGUCACAGUUUAAAAAAAUAUUUGGACUCUGAUACAGAAGAGACCACACAACUUGUUCAUCAUCACAGUCGGGAUAUUUUAAAGACUGAAAAAGACAUUAAAAAAGAGGAAAGUGGGCAUAAUACUGGAACUCCGAACACGGUGUCCUCCAACUCUUGGAAAACUCCACCAGACUCCAGCUCAGCUUCCACUGAAAAAAAACAAAAGACAGAUGCAAAGUCUGAAUCCCGCUCCAAGUCCCCAUCAAGAGAUUCAGGCAAUAUAAAGAAAACCUCCAAAAAACAUGUGUCAUCUAAGGAGCAGCGGACUAGAUCCAGCAGUUCAGAAACUGACAGAUGUAGGAGAGGAGACCGCACUACUUCAACCCAGGGAGGAAGUCAGAAAGGAAAGGAUAAGGACAGAGUAAAGUCUUCCAGGCGAUCAAGAUCAAAAGAAAGGAGACGAGCGCACACAGACUCUGACAGCUCCCGGUCCAACUCCCCUGACAGAAGUUCCCGAAAGAGACGACGUUCACGGUCACGAUCCAAGAACAGGAGGCGAUCCAGAUCUGGUUCCAGCUCUAGCAGCAGAGAGCAUUCAAGGGGGAGGAAGCAUAAACGAAGGAGCAAGGAGAGGUAUGAUGGCAGAGAAAGAGAUCACGAGAGAAGACGUGUGACAAAGGACAAACGACGUGACCGGUCUCGGUCUAGAUCUAGAUCAAGAGACAACAGACGUGCUCGGUCCAGGUCUAGAUCAAGAGACAACAGACGUGGUCGGUCUCGGUCAAGAUCUAGAUCAAGAGACAACAGACGUGGUCGUUCUCGGUCAAGAUCUAGAUCAAGAGACAACAGACGUGGUCGGUCUCGGUCAAAAUCACGGUCCAGGUCCAGGGAAAGGAGAAAAGAUCACAUAACCCAGCCAUCAUCAGCUCUCUCCUCCAGAGACAGAGUGGAAUCACGAUCAAGAGAACAGAGGAGAGGCAGGUCUAGGUCCAGCUCUAGAGAGAAGAAGAAAGAAGAUGGGUCAUCCAAGAGCUCACAGAAAACACCAGGGUCUGGUAUUUCAUCCUUAAAAGACACAAAAGUGUCAAAGGAGAAGAAAAAAGACAAGGAUUGCCCUGUCAAAGAGGACAAAAUUGCUAAAACCAGUAAACGAGAGGUUCCCUCCUCCACAUCUGUAUCGAAGGUAAAAAAGGAAGCAUCAGACUUAAAGACAGACGAACAGGUUACAAAAGUUGAGACAGUAAAAAAGUUAAAAGAUGUUAAAGAAAUUAAGAAAGAAAAACCACCAUUAUUUGAUAUGUUUGAAGAUUCUCCCAUUAAUACACCAGUUAAGAAAGAAGAAGUUGACACUCCUAUUCCCUCAUUACCUGAAUGCAUCAAAGAGGAAGGAACUCUAGAAGACCCCAUUAAGGUUGAGGCUAGUGAAAUGAAAACAGUUAAAUCAGAGCCGAGUUCCCCUGAUCGAUGUCACGUAAACCCAGACCUGUCACUUUCUGUAGUGACCACAAGCUCCCCUCCUUCAGUAUGUACCCCUCUCACUGCCUCUCCACUGUUAACAGACGCAACAGAGCAGCCUAACACUGAUGUGUUGACUGUCCCUGUAAAGCAGGAAGCUCAGCAACCUUCGGACUCUGAUGAAGAUUUCAACGUUGAUGUGAUGCUAGACAACUUGGACUUUGUGAAGUCUGAGUCUGCAGAGGGAAAAGGUGCUUCUGUCAAACAGGAGAAAGAAGUGGAAGAGGUGAAGAAUGAGGGAGAGCAGGUUUUGGCUGUGGUGGGAGCUAAAUCCAAGACUCAGGUGAAAAGGGUGACCUGGAAUAUACAGGAGCCAGAGGGGCCUCAACCAGAGAAAUCAGCAAGCAAGGUGGCUCUAUAUAAACUGAAACUGAAGCAGGAAGGAGUUCGCAGACCUUCUUCUGCAGUCCCCACAUCCACUCAGGACAUUUCUGGAGCUGUGUCUGUCAGUGAUUCACCAAAGAAGGCUGGUGCUGGUGCACACAUUUUCUCCUCUAGAUCUGAUAGUUCACAUCCUGAAGAACUGCUCACCACAGGACAGGGAGUAGCAGAGGAAGAUGUAUCAAGGAAAGACCAGCAGUAUUUGAAGAAGCUGCACAUGCAGGAGAGGGCUAUAGAAGAGGUUAAACUAGCAAUCAAGCCUUUCUACCAGAGGAGAGACAUCAACAAGGAUGAAUACAAGGAGAUUCUACGUAAAGCCGUCCAGAAAGUGUGCCACAGCAAGAGCGGGGAGAUCAACCCAGUGAAGGUGGGCAAUCUCGUCAAAGCAUAUGUGGACAAAUAUAAACAUGCUAGGAAACACAAGAAAGGAGAGGAUUCAGGGAGGUCAGAGGGGUCUCAGUCUGAGGCCAUGAAAACCUCUGACAGCCCAUGAGACAGGAAACCACAGGAAGACCCAACACAAGCCCUCAGUCAUAUUCAUCUGUGUUUUACUGUGUCUUACCACUGGGUGUAAUCACCAUUGGAAUGGUUGCAUUAUGUUCACCUAGUACUUCAAGAUGCUUCUGAAAUGUUAAGCUUUCUACCUUAAUUGAAUAUUUAGGACAGACUUUUUGUUGAUUACUUGAACAGCAUCUGUUGGUGUCUUGUGCUUGGACUGUAACUGUCAGGAACUGGUCUUUUUGUGUUGUACAACUCAGAAACUUAACGGGAGACCUUAAAGAUGGUGCCUUAAGGAGGCAACUUUUAAAGACCCCCCCCAGUGAGUGAUAAAAUAGGGAGUGUUCUCCACGGGCAUAUCACUGAGAGGAGGCAGUGUGGGCUUUGAGUUUUCUAUAAUGUUUUGUUUUGUGGGAGGGAAAGGGGUAUUUAUCUGUGGCGAACAAGUUUUGUUGAUUAAGAAGUGGUAAUAAAGUAUGCAAAGUAUGUUUGUUAUAUCAAUGAAAGCCACUGUUAUGCAACUUUUGUAGAAACAUUUAUCAGGAGUCACCAUUUUAGAUUUGGUUGUAAAUAAUAUAGAUUUGAUAUAUCCACUUAUCAUGUUCUUUCAUCUCUUUUGCUUGUUGACAAUGAUUGACAAAAAUGAUUCUAGUUUAUAAAGUUGCUUGGGUUUUGUUUUGUAUUUGAAAGUCUCCCCCGUCUGUCUUCCACGUCCGUUAUCUGUGUCUAACGAGCUAAAGCUAAUCCAGCAAUUCUACAGGUGUAUUGUUUUGGUUCAGUAAUUUCAA